AGCUCAGGCGCUUUACGCCGUGGAUUCGAUUCAGAGCGGAACACACUGACAGUAGCGGCUUCGCGUUUAUGCGUAUUCUUGUAGAAAUCAGUUUAGAAAUCUGCAGAAACAUCCGCAGCAUUACAACAACAUCCGCUUUUAAUUUCCUCAGAGGAGACGCGUUGCAUCGCCACGACCGUAGAUGUACUAACGCGAAGCACUUGUUCCUCUAAACCCGAGUCCACCUGAGUGUGUGAGAAGUGGAAGAAAUUUAUUUAUUUCCAGCAACGGACUGUGCUGCUCCUAUUCCACACCGGGACCGGGAGGGAAACCCAUACACGUCAUUUAAACGGGAAUAACAUUUAUUUUUCUACGGCGCUGUUAUGCGCGUGCAGUUCGGACUGUAAAGUCGGGUCCGAAGGGACAGAUUGUGUUUUUCCAUUUAGAGCUCGGAAUUCACGGGUUCAGAAGAAACUCCCGUCCACAUCUGAGUAGUUUGGAAAGACCGAAGGAGCGCGCACCAUGCCACUUGCUCAACUGGCAGAACCAUGGCCCAAAAUGGAGCUGGUGCAGUUGGAGUCGGAGAAUGGGCAGAGCACAGCUGAGGAUGGAGUCAGCACAGCUGUUAAGGAAGAUGGAGAUAUCAAGGAGAUCAACAUCACAAAUGUGGUUAAGGAGGGGGCAGAGAAGGCAGACCCCUCACAGUUCGAGCUGCUCAAAGUGUUGGGACAGGGGUCCUUUGGAAAGGUGUUUUUGGUACGGAAGGUAACACCACCUGAUAAUAAUGAGCUCUAUGCCAUGAAGGUCCUGAGAAAGGCCACACUCAAAGUGAGAGAUCGUGUGAGGACUAAGAUGGAGAGAGACAUCCUGGCAGAGGUCAACCAUCCAUUUGUGGUUAAACUUCAUUAUGCUUUUCAGACGGAAGGUAAACUCUAUCUGAUUCUGGACUUCCUCAGAGGGGGCGAUCUCUUCACCAGACUGUCAAAAGAGGUGAUGUUCACUGAGGAAGAUGUGAAGUUUUAUCUGGCUGAGCUGGCACUGGGUUUAGAUCACCUGCACGGUCUCGGCAUCAUCUACAGAGACCUCAAACCUGAGAACAUCCUCCUAGAUGAAGAGGGACAUAUCAAACUCACAGAUUUUGGACUGUGUAAGGAGGCUAUUGAUCAUGAGAAGAAGGCUUACUCUUUCUGUGGGACGGUGGAGUACAUGGCUCCAGAGGUGGUCAACAGGCAGGGACAUAUCCACAGUGCUGACUGGUGGUCAUUUGGGGUACUGAUGUUUGAGAUGCUUACGGGAUCACUGCCAUUCCAGGGAAAGGACAGAAAGGAAACUAUGAAUCUCAUCCUGAAGGCGAGGUUGGGGAUGCCUCAGUUUCUGAGCACCGAAGCUCAGAGCUUACUAAGAGCUCUAUUCAAGAGGAACCCCACCAACAGACUAGGAUCUGGGUCAGAUGGAGCUGAAGAAAUCAAACGCCACUCAUUCUUUAUGACGAUUGACUGGAAUAAACUUUUCAGGCGAGAGAUAAAGCCUCCAUUCAAACCAGCCGUGGCCAGACCUGACGACACCUUUUAUUUCGACUCUGAGUUCACCUCUCGCACCCCUAAAGAUUCCCCAGGUGUUCCCCCCAGCGCUGGAGCUCAUCAGCUCUUCCGGGGCUUUAGCUUUGUUGCCACGGCAAUGCUAGAGGAGGAGGGCAAAGAGGAGCCGUCCAAGCCCCCUCCACACCCUGUUGUACAGCAGCUUCACGGUAAGAACAUCCUGUUCAGUGAUGGUUAUGUGCUGAAGGAGGACAUCGGCAUGGGCUCUUUCUCUGUCUGCAAACGCUGCAUACACAAAGCAACCAACACAGAGUAUGCAGCAAAGGUGAUCGAUAAAACAAGCACUGAUCCAUCUGAAGAGAUUGAGAUCCUGCUGAGAUACGGCCAGCACCCCAACAUCAUAACUCUGAAAGAUGUGUAUGAUAAUGGAAAGCAGGUGUACCUGGUUACUGAGCUGAUGCGAGGAGGUGAGCUGCUGGACAGAAUACUCAAGCAAAAGUUUUUCUCAGAAAGAGAGGCCAGUGCAGUACUGCACACUAUCACAAAGACUAUGGAAUACCUGCACUCUCAAGGGGUUGUGCAUCGGGACCUGAAGCCCAGUAAUAUUCUCUAUGUUGAUGAGUCUGGAAAUCCAGAAUCUCUGCGCAUUUGUGAUUUUGGUUUCGCGAAGCAGCUCCGGGCAGACAACGGCCUCCUCAUGACACCUUGCUAUACAGCCAACUUUGUAGCACCUGAGGUGCUGAAGAGACAGGGCUAUGACGAAGGCUGUGACAUUUGGAGCCUUGGAGUAUUACUAUACACUAUGCUUGCUGGUUUUACACCAUUUGCCAAUGGACCAGAGGACACUCCAGAAGAGAUUUUGAGUCGGAUUGGGAGUGGCCGCUUUACCCUGAUUGGAGGCAACUGGGACAGGGUGUCUGAUGCAGCCAAAGAUUUGGUCUCAAAGAUGCUCCAUGUGGACCCUCACCAACGUCUCACAGCCAAGCAGGUUCUGAAGCAUCCCUGGAUUGUUCAAAGAGACAAGCUUCCCAACAGCCAGCUACAACACCAAGAUGCCAAGCUUGUAAAGGGGGCAAUGGCUGCCACAUACUCAGCGCUGAAAAGUUCCCAACCACCCCCAGAGCUGAAACCCAUUGAGUCCUCUUUUCUGGCGCAAAGACGGGUGAAAAAGCUCCCAUCAACUUCUCUGUAGGGAACGAGAGAGGGAAAACUGGAAAAGUACUCCUGCCUGAAUGCAGUUUUGGAAAGGAUGGAUGGAUGCAAGGACCACGCUGAAGCUCCGCAGACUAAAGACAGUCUUUUCAACCUGCCUGUGAGCUGUCAAGUAUAAUAGACAAGGAAGUUGAUUGACUGAUGAAGUUGGAGGGCGGGGCCAGUGAGGGUUCUGUGCUCAGGAGUGGGUGAAUGUUUGUGUUUGUGUGCGUGACAUUUCAAAGAACCGGGUAAAGGAUACUGUUAUGAAACAGAUGAUAUUGCCAGUACUUUUAUGUCUUGGUACUGUAAUCCCUAAAUAUCAACACUGCUGUAUUCAGAGUUUUGGAAUGCUUGUUUUUUGCUUUUCAACUUUUUGUUUUUCUUUUUGUGUUUAUUUUUUAUAUUUGUAGUUUGUUCAACUGGAUUAUCACGUUGAAUGUUUAUGAUUUGCCUGUGUCCUUGAAGGGAACAACAGUCAUUAUGUACUUUUCUUGGAAGCUUUUCUGCUGUCCAGCUUUUCCAGUAGUUCUCGCUUUGUCCAUCAUAAAGUUAUCUUAGAGAAAGAUAAAAAGCAUUGUUCCUGGGUCAUUUUUCACCCAGUUGAACGAAGAACGGUUAAAUAUAACUUCCAUAACAAUCUGAUGAGCAUGUUCACAUGACUAUCAACCUAACCAGAGGGGAGAACGGAGGUGCUUUCUGCAUGGAUUUGUAUAAUGUUGUCUUGUUGCUUUUUUCCCCCAACUUAGCACUCUUGCUUGGUGCCCCUGUCAGCACUGGUGAAGACUGAUCAGAAAAUGUCUCUUGUAUGUUUAUUAAAAAAGAAAAGAAAUAAACAAAGUCUGAAUGUGAGAUGACAUCUGAAGCUCAUGGCAUGGAACAAGUUGCUCUUGUACACCAGUGAUUUUUCUGUGUUUGAUUCUGUUGUUGUUGUUUUGCUAAAAGAGAAGUUAUUUUAUAAAGACAUGUUGAGCACAAUGUCAAAAUGUGACAGCUAUGGAAAUUGUUUAAUAAUUGUGUAUAUUUUUACCUGGUCUGUCCUGUUUACAGUUCUGUGUUAAGAAGCCCAUUGUGGUGGAAUUAUCGACUAUAUUGUUCUCAGGCUGUUCUUGGCAAUGCCUUGCAAAUUCAUAAAGCCUUGUCUUGCUCAAAAGGUUUGCACCCUUUGCCAGUCAAGCACAUCUUUACUGUUUUAAGUUGUGCUCACAGUGUUGUUUUGUAGUCCCCAUCCCAAAUGUCUUGGAUUAUAAGCAUUAUUCCAACACAAACAUUAGAAACUGUAGUGAUCUAGAAACCUAUCUGGUUCUGAUAGCAGUUUCAUUAGUGCAGUAAAAUAAUAAUAAUAAAAAUGCAUAAUAAAAGCUAGUGAAACUGACAACAUGCCUUUUAAGAUUCAGCAAUAGACCACUUUCACUCAUGCGGCUGUUUCAUGGAACAUUAAUCGGAAGUUCUGGCACAAUACCUUUGAAUCCUAUGAAUUAGGACAACAUACGUUAAGUGUUUAAUUGCUUUUUGAAAUGUUACAAGACAAAACCACAUAAUUCUCUUUAACUGUGCAUUCUGUUUCACCCACAUUUUCUUUGCUUUGUGUGGUAUUUGGGGUUCUUCUUGCCUAAUCUUAAAUAAAUAAAUAAAAAAAACAUUUAUUUGUGAUUUAUUUAUCUUUCCUUGAGGGAAAAAAAUGCUUUAUUUGGCACAGCAUUUGGUUGUAUUACUGUGUAAAUGUUUUGUUUCUCCUGCCUGAUGUUGGGGUGGGUAGGGUGGAUGAUGAUGUGGUGGUGUUUGUGGAAAGAGUGUGAAUUAUCACCCUUUACUUCAACAGUUAAGGGCAUGAAUUUAAGAAC